AUGCUUCGCCUGCUGCUGCCGUGCGCGGUGCUCUGGCUGCCCCCAUGGAGCGCCGCAGCUUGGAGGCCGAGCGGCAGUUACCGGCUGACGGACGCCGUUGGGCUGGCCCGGGAGUUCGAUGGCAUCGGGGCCCUCAGCGGCGGAGGGGUGAGCGAGCGAGCGUGCGGCGGGCGGGGAGGGAGCGGUUGGGCUACCUCUCGGCUUCUGGUGAAUUACGAGGAACCUUAUCGCUCACAGAUUUUAGAUUAUCUUUUUAAGCCAAACUUUGGUGCUGCUUUGCAUAUUCUCAAAGUCGAAAUUGGUGGUGAUGCACAGUCAACAGAUGGAACGGAACCAUCCCACAUGCACUAUGAAAACGAUGAGAAUUAUUUCCGUGGCUAUGAGUGGUGGCUAAUGAAAGAAGCUAAAAAGAGGAACCCUAACAUUAAAUUAAUUGGGCUGCCAUGGGCUUUUCCAGGAUGGAUUGGGAAGGGCGAGAACUGGCCCUAUGAUCAUCCCGAUGUCACUGCUUAUUAUAUUGUCUCAUGGAUUAUAGGUGCUAAAAGAUUUCAUGAUUUGGAUAUUGACUACAUUGGGAUCUGGAAUGAACGGACUUUUAACAGUAAAUAUAUCAAGCUUCUAAGAUACACUUUGGAUAAACAAGAGCUGCAGCGGGUGCGAAUCGUAGCCAGCGAUAACCUAUGGGAACCAAUUUCCUUUGUCAUGCUGCUUGACAGUGAACUCCGUGAAGUGGUCGAUGUCAUUGGGGCUCACUAUCCAGGGACAUGGACAGUGCCUUCUGCCUUGUUAACAAAAAAGAAACUCUGGGCUUCAGAAGACUUCAGCACUUUUAACAAUGAAGUGGGUGCAGGAUGUUGGGCUCGAAUCCUGAACCAAAACUACGUCAACGGCCACAUGACCUCCACUAUAGCUUGGAAUUUAGUAGCUAGUUACUAUGAAGAUUUACCCUUUGGUCGGUGUGGUUUAAUGACGGCACAGGAACCGUGGAGUGGGCAUUACAGCGUGGAUCCUCCAAUAUGGAUCACUGCACACACAACCCAGUUUACGCAACCAGGCUGGCAUUACCUGAAGGUCGAUGGGCGCUUAGAUGGAGGUGGCAGCUACGUGGCACUGACUGAUGGGAAAGGCAAUCUUACAAUCAUCAUUGAAACAAUGACUUAUCACCAUUCUGCAUGCAUCAGGCCACCCCUACUUCCAUACAGUGUGUCACCUCAGAAAGCAACUUUCUAUCUCAAUGGAUCUUUUAGCCAAGUGGAAGCUCUUCAGAUGUGGUAUUCUAAGCUUGAAUUUAAAUCAGCAAAUUCCACGUUGUUCCAGUCACUUGGACCCAAAAAAGUCUGUGAAGGGAUGUUGACAGUAAAUUUGGGUCUGGAUGAAGUCUAUACUCUGACAACAUUGACAACAGGCCACAAAAGCCCUUUCCGGGAUCCUCCUCCUUCCCAGCCCUUUCCCUCAACUUACAAGGAUGACUUCAAUAUCCGCACCCCGCCUUUCAGCGAGGCACCAUACUUUGCUGAUCAAACUGGGGUCUUUGAGUACUUCGUAAACACUUCGGAUCCAGGGGAGCACAUCUUUACCCUCCGGCAGGUGGUCAACCAGAGACCUGUGACGUGGGUUAUUGAUGCAAAGAACACCAUCAGCGUUAUAGGGAACUAUAAAUGGGUGAACAUAACACUCAGUUGCGAUGUUUACAUAGAAUCAAAUCGAGGAGGUGCAUUUGUUGCAGGAAGAGUGGACAAAGGCGGGGUAUACGUUGGAGAGGCCAAGGGAGUUUUCUUCUGGGUGUUUCCAGAUGGCACUUACCGAGUCACGGGCGAUCUCAAUGGUGACGAGGUCUUGAUGAAAGGGCUGUCUGGCGUGCGGGCUGAAACCUGGCACAGGCUUACACUUAUUCUCACGGGCUCAAAUGCUUCAGGCAUGUUAAAUGGCUAUCCUCUCUGGGAGAAUGUCACCAUAACCAAGCCAGAAAAUGGUUGGGCAGCUAUUGGGACAAAAUCUUUUGAGUUUACACAAUUUGACAACUUUCAAAUUCAGGCCAGCUGAG